AUGUUCACGUGCAGUAAGUUACUGUGAACAAGGGGGAAAGGGCUGGACCAAGGGCUUGGCACCUAAGUUCAUCUUCAGUUAGGAGAGCUGGGACUUAGGCUCAGCUACCCAACCUCCAUGUGUCUCUCAACCAGUUCCUGUUGACGGCAGAGGGACCUUUCCAGAUGCAAACUGGGCCAUGUUAUUCCUUGCUUUAAAUCCUGAAAUGAUUCUUCCAACUAAAAUGUAAAAUUUAGAUAAAACCCUGAAAUAGUUUCUCUAAGUAUCUAGAGUAUAAAAUUUGAAUUCACUAGAAUAGCACACCUACUAGAAUAGGCUGUCUAUGAUUUGGGUCCUGCCCACCUCUCCAUCCUCUUGUGGGUCUACUUGUCCACAUGUGCCUUGUGGUCUAGCCUUAGUGAAUCCCUACGGUUUCUUUGCCACCCUGUGCUCUCUCAGACUCCUUUCCACUGCUCAGAAUGCUAGCCCCCUCCUGCCCUCUGCUCCACCUCCCUGCCCCCAUCCCACCUCAGGUGACAUCCUGUUCAUGUAUUAAGACCACUCUGACAUUGCCACCUUAGGGAAUCUCCAAUUCCUGUUGCUUGUUAGGUGCUCCUCUUCUGGACGGAGCAGAGAAUAUGAACCUUUUUUCCAGGUGUGCUUGGAUUUAGUUGUUUUGUUACUUGGCAAGGUCUCUAAUCUUUAGUCUGUUUCUGAAUCACAGCAUGGAAAGAAUGAUACCUUACAGGGUUGCUGUGAAGGCUAAAUGAGAUAAUGCACAUGGGCUUCUAGCGCCGUGCCUGGUGCACGGCAGGCUUUCCUCUCUUCCCCAGCACACACACCUGCAACACUGCUUUAUGCCAGGAAGCCUCUCUUUCCAUUGUAAUCGUUAGUUAACCCAUCUGUCGCUCACUUUAGACAAACUGAGAGUUCCAACAAGAUGUCUUUUAUUUCUUCAUCCCCCCAAACACAGGAGAAGAGUACAUGUUUGGGGACGAGAACUGUGAGUUUCAUUUUGAAAAUGAGUUUGAGGUGCUUGUGAGAAUGCCCGAGUGCAGAUGGCCAUUGGCAGUUGGAGCCAGCUGGGUCUGGAGUUUAGAGAAGUCUAGGUUGGAGAUACAGGUAGGGGAACGAGCUGUGUCAUUGGUGGUUGGAGAUUUGGAUGAGGUGUAGUGUCUUAGUUCAGGUUCCUCAGAAAAUUGAGCCGGAGGCAAAGCUGAAGUGCUAGUGCUUAAGGCAGCUGCAAUCUCCAAGCACUGAGAUGGAGGAAGAGGAUUGAGGGAAGCUAGGCAGGGAAGAAAAAGAAAUGAGGUAUGUUUUUAGGAGUUGGCCGCUGCUUCACAAAGACACAGCUAACCCCUUGCCUGUGUGUACUGUCUCUGGAUAGACUGUUGAGAAACACUGUGCCCAGCUGGAACAUUCCAUUGGGAUUGAUGGAAGGAUGGAGAGCAGAUUCACCUCCUCUUCCUCCUGUGUUCUUUUGUUGCUCCAAAUUUUCCCUCCCUCACUUGCUGGGAUUGCAUUACUUGGCCACCAGGAAAGCCGGAUCCCAUGCCCUGCAGCCAUCCAAGUCCUGAAGUAGUGAGGUGAGCAGAAAGGCACUGGCCCAAAGGACUUGGCCAAGGCAGAGCAAGCAACUGAAGGCCUGGAAAUCAGGUGAGGCCUCAAGUCACCCGAGGAGAGUGUCCAGGGCAGGGGGAGGCAAGAUCCCGGGGCAGUCCUGAGUGUUACAGAGCCUGCAGUGGAGCUCAAGGGAGCAUCCAUUGGAGAAAGGUCCCCAGAAGAAGUGUCACAAGGCCAAGGAGGAGAGGUAGUCAGCAGGCUCUGAUACAGCUCAGAGGUCCUGUGGGCUGCAUUCUGGAAAGUAGCACCUGAUUCUCAGAUGCCUGAUGAGCUGACCAGAGCAGUCUUGGUGGGAUAGAGGGAGCAGAAACUGGGGCAUGGUGGCAAGAAAGGGGAGAGAGCAGCGUGUGUGCACUGUGUCCCAGUGUUCAAUCGUGGAAGCUGAUGCAAGCAUCACUACAGAUGGUAAUGGGAGCUCCUCAUGGGGCCCAAGAGGUUUCUGGAAACUGGGAUGUGAUGAUGGGGUAGAGAAGCCUAGUGAGGCACCCUGUACCAAGGAUGGAGCACAGCAUGGGAAGAACCUCCUUUGAUGCAUCCACUCAACUCCCAGUUGUGCCAUGAGAACCAGGCAGACUGGCUGGCGAUUGGCAGGGACAGGGUAUAAACAGUCUCAAUUUUGUCACCUAGGAACCCCUCUCUUUUUGGGGUUUUCUUGGGCAGAUUCCUAGGGUCAACAUCAAUUUCCCCAAUAUAGCAGCUUUGUGAAGUAAGAAUAAGGCUCAUAUCCCAGCUCUUCCUCUUAUAAGCUGUGUGAAUUUGGGCAAGUUGCUUAAGCUCUUGUUUUCAGUUUCUGUAUCUGUACUGAGGCUAAUAGCACCUUCCUCAGGUGGUAUUCCUUCCACAGGUAAUUUCUAGGGGAAGAUUAAAUGAGAUACCAUGUUUGACACAGGUACUCAAUAAAAAAGGAUAUUUGGGAGAGGCUGAAACUGAAUAAAUGAAAUACAAGUAGCCAUGUUCCUAAGACAUACAUUUAUGACACAAAUAAUCAUAUUUUGGGUCCCAAGGGAUAGGCAGUCCUUGGCGCUCAGCUUUUAGCUUGUUUUCAUGGUCUGUUACCAUCUUACUUUCUGCCGUCCAGGUACUGUUUCCUCCUACUCUUAGCAGGCCAAGACUGAAGGAGAAUCAAAGGUUUGUGGCAUUCUCCCUCCCCACCCCAAUUUGAAUUUGCUCGCUUGGUUCCCAUUUUCUGUGCUACCCCACAGUGGGGAGCAGGAAUGGAGGCAGUACGGAGACUUGAGUCUCUGCUGGCUAAUCCUAGGAAACGUGCAAGGCCCCAGAGCUGACUGUGCCCUACCCAGCCUUGGAGCUGAAAGUGAACCAAGGGCACGUGUGCUCCACAGCUCCAGGUGCCCAACUGGGGCAGCUUCAGAGGAUGGAAUACCUUUACCCCUGUCAAGUAGGCCCAGGGCACCUGGAGAACAUGGGACCUGAGGGUGAGGGUUCCUCCUACCUUCCUGUGGGUGUUGUGAUCCAUGUAGUUCUCUCCAAUAUGUAUGUUGAGAAACAUGUCAUUCAUCCAGGCUUCUUUCAUCUUUACCACAUGUGCAAGCUGAGACUGGCACUGCUGCUCCCAGGGACAGAUGGCCGUUACUGCUGAGAUUGCUAGCCUCAGUCUUCACCUGGGCUGCUGGAGCAAAAUACCACGGAUGGGAUGGUUUAUUGGCAACAAACAUUGAUCUCUCUCAGUUCUGGAGGCUGGGAGUCUGAGAUCAGGGUGCCAGCAGAAUGAGGUUCUGGAGAAGGUGCUCUUCUGGUUGCAGGCAGCUGACUUCUCAGACCCUUACAUGGCAGAAAGUAAGUAAACUCUGUGGCCUCUUAGGAGGGCACUAGUCCUAUUCAUGAUGCUCCACACUCAUGACCUAAUCACCUCCCACAGACCCUACCUCCAAAUACUGUCACAUUAAGGAUUAGAUAUCAGCAUGGAUUUUGAGGAACACAUUUAGUCCAUAAGGGCAUCCAAGUAAGUGCUAAGAAAUUAUAUCUUCCAACCCCACCCUCACCCUAACAGACAGUCUUCAGAUUGUCCUUUAAUUAACCAAAUUGAUGGGCCCCAUUCAUCUGAGAAGGAACAACCUCCUCACAGCACUGUACCCGGAAAGGGGGCAGAGGGAAGGAAAAGUGGUGGGACGGCAACCUGCUUUUGAGGUUCUCUAGGUGUUGGGUAGUAGAGCCUUCGCUUUGGGAAGCCUGUCAAUUAGCUGGAGCUAUGGCCCUUCAACUUUAUAAAUGAUGCUGUAACAUAUUUCUACUGAAGAACUGCAAGAUUCACCAAAAAAUGUUUACAGAAAGGGACCAGAUACCCAGGCAGUAUGGCAACGUGGGUAUUGAUCAUGAGCUGAGUGCCUUCGAACUCUCUGCUCCACAGGUUAGGUUAGAAACUCCAAACCCAUGACUUUUGAUUGAACAAUGGGGCCAAUACCAAGUGAAGCUUUGCUUCACGUGUGACAACAGGAUGGAGCUACAAGAAAACAAACACUUCCGUAGAAUAUAACUGAGAAGCCCCUUGAACUUCCUUCAACCAAGCCAUACCUACUGGCCAAAGAUGUUGUGCUUUUCAACCGACAGAGGAUAGUGGAGAUGCCAUUGAUGCCACCUUUUACCAUAGGAAGGGACAUGUGAAUGUACAAGAAGGUGAUGGAGCUGCGGUCAGCACUGGAUGUAGCGGAUGCAGCAGGAUAAAGAAGGAUACAGAGCAGUGCCAAGAAAGAGUGGCUGUCCUGGUUUACAAUCCCAGACCAGGAUGGAUCUCCUUGCCUGGAUUCAAGUGCUCCCCUGUAGAGAGUGGGGGAAAAUAAGUGUUAGGAAGAACAAGGAAGUUUGGCAAGGAAAGGCCUUGGGUGCCAAUCCAAGGAGCUCAGACUUCAUUUGACUGCCCUGGAAAUCCUCUGGUGAUUUUGGAACAGAGAACAAAAUGCAAAAAUGCGGUUUUAGGAAGGUGACCCUUUAAAGCUGACAGUUGGUUUGUGUUGUGGGGAGAGUGGGGAUGGUCAUGGGGCUGGCUUAGGCCAGCAGCAGGACUCAAGUUCACAAGACAGAGAUUUGUGGGGUGAAUGUGCAAAGGGGGAACUGAGCAAAUGCCAUGGGACAAGAGAUCUGGACCAUACCAGCUCUACCAAUGCUUGUCCUUGAAUAAUCCCAUUAGACCAUUGCACACUGCUGGUGGGGGUAUGCUUACCACAUUCCUUCUGGAAAACACUGUGUCAUUAUUUAGCAAAGAUGAAGAUGCAGAUACCUAAUGAUCAGAAGUCCCAAAAUAUACCAAAACAAACAGGCAAACAAAACCACUUCGAGACGAGGGACUUCAGGAAGGAAGGAAUUUUCAACAAUGUCAAAGGUAACAGGCCCGUCAAGAAAAGCCCUGAAAAGCAUCCACAGACUUCGGCUAUCAGGAGUCUGAUGAUGAGUUUUGCCAGAGAAAUGUUUGUGACAUGGUAGGAACAAAAUGCAGAGCAGAGUGGUUUGAGGGCAGAGCAGAUGGUAGCAAAAGGUAACUGCGUGUGUGACGUGCUGUCGGGAUGGUUGGCUGAGCACAGACUCAGCACACAGGAACAUUUGGGAUGUGAUAAAAGCAGCAUUUCAAACUAGUGGAUAGAGGAUACAUAAUUUGACAAAUGGUGAUGUAACACAGGGGAACAAUAAUAAAGUUAAAUCCUUGUCUUAAAUUCAAGUCAGACGGCUUUUAGAACUAGAUGGAAAUAUAGGUGUACUUAAACCUGGUGGUGGUUAAAAUGUUUCUGAGACUGGCAACAAAACUAAAACCUUAAAGGAAAAUAUGGAUAAAUUUGACCUCAUUAAAGCAUGCAUGCACACACGUGCACUGGACCUCCUGGAAAAGAAGGAAAGGUCACUGACAAAAUUGAAUAACAAAUGACAAAUACAGAAAAAUAUUUACAAUAGAUGAUAAAUAAUUCUUAUGCAUAAAUAAGAAAAAAGAGAAACACACUGAUAUAAGCAUAACUACGAAUAGCAAUUCACAAAAACUCCAAUUGUUUCAUAUUAGCUGCAAAAAAGUCAACCUCAGUAGGAAUCAAAAACUCUAGUUCGAGAUGAACUGAACUCUUACAUUUACUUCUCUUCCCUCCCUAAGUUCAUCUGAAAUUACUUUUUUUUUCAAUGAAAUAAAGGAAAGAAAAGGGAAAAAAUUCCAAAGCAGUGCUGGAAAACAAGUAGAGUAGUUAUCCCUUACCCAUGGGGUACAUAUUCCAAGACCCCCAGUGGAGGCCUGAACUGCAGAUAGUACCAGGCCCUGUAUAUACUGUUUUUUCCUAUAUAUAACAUACCUAUGAUAAAGUUUAAUUUAUCAAUUAAGCACAGUAGGAUAUUAAUAACAACAAUAAUAAAAUAAGACAACUAUAGUAAUAUACUAUAAUGAAAGUCAUAUCAAUGUGGUCUUUCUCUCUCUCAAAAUAGCUUAUGGUAUGGUACUCACGCUUCUUCUUGUGAUGCUGUGAGAUGAUAUCAGGCCCACGUGAUGAGAUGAAGUGAAGUGAAAGACGUAGGCACUGUGACAUACCGUUAGGCUACUUCUGACCUGCUGAUAAAGGAGGAUCACCUGCUUCUGGACCACAGAUGACUGCAGAAUUAAACCUGUCUACCCAGCACUGGAAGACUCCCUACCUACACAGUGAGAAUCUGCACUGGAGGUUUCCUGUGAAGAGAGGAGGAGAGGAGCACAGCCUGGACUUGCUCUGAAGCAGGCAGUUCUCAGAAGGCUCUGAGUCAUGGCACAAACCCAUUCAUUCUCCCAAUCGCCUCCUCUAGGAGUGUCCCUUCCCCCACCCUGGUCACAUGGCUGACCGCCACUGAGCCCCACAAGUCAAUCUCCAAUGCCCCAAAUACUGUUCAGCCUGGAAAUCACAGAGCGUCCCUCUUGCCACCUAACAGCAACAGAGCAAGUGACUCUGGUCUUCCUGAGAUUUGGAUCCUGGUUUCCAGUGCUAAGAUCGUGAAGUUAUGAAGGUGGAAGAAGAGAAGGCUGGGGUAGGGAAGCUGGACCCUACUAACUACAGGAGGAGAUGUCAGGAUCAGGAAGACUGCCGUUCCAUCCACAUUGGGCUUUCGGUCCCCAGUUACCCUCAAAGGAAAAGAGAUCAGCAAGGACGUCUUUCAGGACUGCAGAAGGUCUGCUGGGGCCUGCAGCCAGACAAGCCACAGCAGGAACUGACUGGCACAGGGAGCAGGGGAAGCAGCCGGGAUGGCAAUGUGGAUCGUGUCAGCAGGACCCGGUCUCCAGCUGCUGAGCAGCUCCAGGACAUCCUGGGGGAGGAAGAUGAGGCUCCCAACCCUACCCUCUUCACAGAGAUGGACACUCUGCAGCAUGAUGGAGACCAGAUGGAGUGGAAGGAGUCAGCCAGGUGGAUAAAGUUUGAAGAAAAGGUAGAGGAAGGAGGCGAGCGCUGGAGCAAGCCCCAUGUGUCCACACUGUCGCUGCACAGCCUCUUCGAGCUCCGGACCUGCUUGCAGACGGGGACGGUGCUGCUGGAUUUGGACAGUGGCUCCUUACCACAGAUCAUAGAUGAUGUCAUCGAGAAGCAAAUUGAGGAUGGCCUCCUGCGACCAGAGCUCCGGGAGAGGGUCAGCUAUGUCCUCCUGAGGAAACACCGUCACCAAACCAAAAAGCCCAUCCAUCGCUCCUUGGUUGACAUUGGAAAGUCCGUCUCUUCCACCACCAAUCGCAGCCCAGCCCGGAGCCCAGUGGCUGGUCCAAGCCUACACCACUCCACCGAGGACCUGAGGAUGCGGCAAAGCGCCAAUUACGGAAGGCUGUGUCACGCCCAGAGCAGGAGCAUGAAUGAUAUUUCUCGCACCCCAAACACAGACCAGAGGAAAAACAAAUUCAUGAAGAAGAUCCCCAAGGACUCAGAAGCCUCCAAUGUACUCGUGGGUGAGGUGGACUUCCUGGACCAGCCAUUUAUUGCCUUUGUGCGUCUCAUCCAGUCAGCCAUGCUGGGAGGAGUGACUGAGGUCCCUGUCCCCACCAGAUUUCUGUUCAUAUUGCUUGGACCUUCUGGGAGAUCAAAAUCCUACAAUGAAAUUGGCCGUGCCAUUGCAACCCUCAUGGUAGACGAUCUCUUCAGUGACGUGGCCUAUAAAGCCCGAAAUCGGGAAGAUCUGAUAGCAGGGAUUGAUGAAUUUCUGGAUGAGGUCAUCGUCCUUCCCCCCGGAGAAUGGGACCCAAAUAUCCGAAUUGAGCCCCCCAAGAAAGUGCCCUCUGCUGAUAAGAGGAAAUCCGUGUUCUCCCUGACGGAGCUAGGCCAGAUGAACGGCUCUGUGGGCGGAGGCGGAGCGGUUGCUGGAGGCGGCGCGGGAGGCGGCGGCAGUGGCGGCGGGGCCGGCGGAGGGAGCAGCGGGGAGGACGGAGAGAUGCCAGCCAUGCACGAAAUCGGGGAAGAGCUUAUCUGGACGGGAAGGUUCUUCGGUGGCCUGCGUCUGGAUAUCAAGAGGAAGCUGCCCUGGUUCCUAAGUGAUUUCUACGAUGGCUUCCACAUUCAGUCCAUCUCUGCCAUCCUGUUCAUCUACCUCGGCUGUAUCACCAACGCAAUCACCUUUGGUGGGCUUCUGGGGGAUGCCACUGACAAUUAUCAGGGAGUGAUGGAGAGCUUCCUAGGCACUGCCAUGGCUGGCUCCUUGUUCUGCCUCUUCUCGGGACAGCCCCUCAUCAUCCUCAGCAGCACAGGGCCCAUCCUCAUCUUUGAGAAGCUCCUCUUCGACUUCAGCAAAGGCAAUGGCCUGGACUACAUGGAGUUCCGCCUCUGGAUUGGCCUACACUCAGCCAUCCAGUGCCUUAUCCUGGUGGCCACAGAUGCCAGCUUUAUCAUCAAGUAUAUCACCCGCUUCACCGAAGAGGGAUUCUCCACCCUCAUCAGCUUCAUCUUCAUCUAUGAUGCCAUCAAGAAGAUGAUCGGUGCCUUCAAGUACUACCCCAUCAACAUGGACUUUAAGCCUGAUUCCAUCACCACCUACAAAUGCGAGUGUGUCGCCCCUGACACAGCGAAUACAACCGUGUUCAAUGCUUCAGCCCUGCUGACGCCAAACACCAACACCUCUCUGGUAAGUCUUCUCCACUUAUUCAGAUAUUUGAGGGCUUUUGUUUGUGGGGAAAGAGAGAGAAGUUGAGAAAACAGAGAACAU